AUGGAUGAAGGGAGCAGAUCUGGAACUACAGAGCAACAAAGGAUCAACAUCUACGAUCAGGAUGGAGUGGGGGAUACAUGUAAGGACAAGUUUACAGCGACAUCACUGCAAGAAAACCAACUGCAGGUACAAUUGCCAUACCUUGCAAGCAAUCCAAUUGCAGCAACAACUUCAAGGCCUCUGAUGAACCAAUGGCAGGACGAGUUCGGGCUGAUGUACAACUUCCAGAUUGAUGAAGGGACAUCAACACAAACAACAAAUACAAAAGGAAAUACUUCUACUGCUAGGGGAAGUUCAAACAAUGAAAGAACAGAAAUGGGACAAUGCAGUGCAAACCUGUUUCAAUGGCAUAGCAGCAGCAAGUUAUCUCAAGAAAUGCAGGGGUCGUAUACAAGUAUGCUGCUUGGUACACAGCUUUUUCAGGAAAAUCUACAAGGACAGACACAAAUUUCAGACUAUUGCACAGGGGAUGACUAUGUCUUAUCUAGAAAGCAAACAGGGAAACAGAUGGCUCUCGACAACAUGAACAGCAGCCCUGAGAGAAACAAAGAUUUCAAUAACUCAACUACAGAAUUUGAGGACUACCAACUCAGGGACUGGGAUGAAGAAUACUUAUCAGAGCCUGAAGAAGAACAAUGGCAGAAUGGCAUCUUCAGAAACAUGGAAAUUCAAGAGAUACGAGAACGAACAAGCUCAACAGUCAAGCCCAAGUCCAAGAGGAUGAAGGAAGCUUCAAAGAAGAACACUGAUGCAGCAUAA